GUGUAACGGUUUUAGACGGGAAGGAAGCAUGUUGUAGUUUUCGGUCCAGCAGUAAUAGUAACAAACAUAGUGCUGACAGACACUGCUAAACGCUUUAUCUAAUCUCCUGUAAUCCUCGUAACGCCAUUAGGUAGACCUAUUAUUACUGUACACCCAUUUUAUGGGUAAUGAAGCCGCAGUAUAGAGGGGUUAAAUAACGUGUUCAAGGACGCAUCGACGGAGCCAAGCAGACGGAAUUGCAGCUACCUGCUUUACCACUCUAAGUCCUCAACAAACACUUCCACCUACACGUGGGAGCCAAAGCCAUAGCCUCCAAGUUUUUCCACAGAGCGAAAAUGUUUCGCGGAGUUUGCCUAUCUUCCUCCCCAGAGACGCAGCACAGCCGCGCCGGAAGUGCGGCGCCGUAGCUAGGAGCGGACGCCAUAGGUGCAUUGUGGGAAGCACUUUGCUGUCCACAGCCAGGCCGCUUGUGAUGAAACUGUAACUUACAAGAAAAGGGCUGGGUUUUGAAAAUAACACAGGCUCUAAAAACCCUAGAAGCGGUGCAACUUUUGGCAGGAAUCGGGGUUAGCGGGACCUCAAGGGCUCACUGCGGCUAAGUGAACGCUGACUGGUCCUCCAGCGUGAGCUAGAACAGACGUCUCUAUGGUCAAGUAAACAGAGCGUGUGCUGUCUUCACCAUGUGGUGGGGUUGCGCAUGAUCAGUAGCUGCACCACUAGAAAGAUGGCGGAGCAAGAGCAAAGAAAAAUCCCUUUGGUUCCAGAAAAUCUCCUGAAAAAGAGGAAGGCUUAUCAAGCCCUCAAAGCCACCCAGGCAAAGCAGGCACUUUUGGCAAAGAAGGAGCAGAAGAAAGGAAAAGGGCUCAGGUUUAAGCGACUGGAAUCAUUCCUACAUGAUUCCUGGCGGCAGAAACGUGACAAGGUGCGUCUCAGACGACUAGAAGUGAAACCUCAUGCCUUGGAAUUGCCAGAUAAACAUUCCUUGGCCUUUGUUGUACGCAUCGAAAGGAUUGAUGGCGUGAGUUUACUGGUGCAGAGAACCAUUGCAAGACUUCGCCUAAAGAAAAUUUUUAGUGGUGUCUUUGUAAAAGUCACCCCCCAGAAUCUAAAAAUGCUGCGUAUAGUGGAACCUUAUGUGACCUGGGGAUUUCCAAAUCUGAAGUCUGUCCGAGAACUCAUUUUGAAACGUGGACAAGCCAAGGUCAAGAAUAAGACCAUCCCUCUGACAGACAACACAGUGAUUGAGGAGCACCUGGGGAAGUUUGGCGUCAUUUGCUUGGAAGACCUCAUUCAUGAAAUUGCCUUCCCAGGGAAGCAUUUCCAGGAGAUCUCAUGGUUCUUGCACCCUUUCCACCUCUCAGUGGCCCGUCAUGCUACCAAAAAUAGAGUGGGCUUCCUCAAGGAGAUGGGCACACCUGGCUAUCGGGGUGAACGCAUCAAUCAGCUCAUCCGUCAGCUGAACUAGACCCAGGUGCCAAACUGCGGUAAAUUUUUUAUCAGUGAAGUGGAAGCAUGUGUUUUGGGAAUUUUUAUCAAGUAUCUUCAGAGAAGAUUAUUUCCUGCUUUAUCUUCAGAAACUGGAAAGGAAGGGUCAAAGAAAAGACAGUAGCUGGCCGGUCGUGGUGGCUCAUGCCUGUAAUCCCAACAUUUUGGGAGGCUGAGGCGGGCAGAUCACCUGAGGUUGGGAGUUCGAGACCAGCCUGACCAACAUGGAGAAAUGCCAUCUCUACUAAAAAUACAAAAAUUAGCUGGGCAUGGUGGCACGUGCCUGUAAUCCCAGCUACUCAGGAGGCUGAGGCAGGAGAAUCGCUUGAACCUGGGAGGUGGAAGUUGCAGUGAGCGGAGAUCACGCCAUUGCACUCCAGCCUGGGCAACAAGCGAAACUCUGUCUCAAAAAAAAAGAAAAGACAGUAGCUUAUGUUCAUGUCAAGCACCUCUCAUCACAGUCUAGUUCCAAGGAAAAAUUCCAGCGUUUUCUACAUUGGGUGCUGUGUCAUCUGAAAUCGGCACAUUCCAUGGAGGAAGGAGUCCUGCUUUGUUGCAUGUAUCCUAGGGUUUAAUGUUGGUAAAUGAGUCACUCUAGCAUUUGUAGAAGGCUCCCUGAGACUCCUGCAGCAGUCGACCAAGCCCAAGGACAUAAUUGAAUCUGGAGAGUCCUGGGGCCUUGUUUUGAAAAAGACUUGAAAUACACAUAGGAAGAAAGGCAUAAAAAUAAAUGUUUACUUGUCUCUGCUGUGA